AUGGUCUUCCUAGCAAAGGCUAUCGCGCUCCUAGCCGCGUCGACGGGACUCGUCCAGGCCGUCACGCUUACUGGCUAUGAAUACAUUGUCGUAGGAUCUGGCGCCGGCGGUGGCCCAUUGGCUGCUCGCCUUGCCAUGGCCGGCCACAAGACGCUGCUCAUUGAGGCCGGAGAUGACCAGGGAAGCAAUGACAACUACACGGUCCCUGCGUACUCUGCCCUCGCGUCUGAAGAUCCCGCCUUGUCCUGGAACUUCUUCGUCAAGCACUACUCGUCCGAUGCGCGCCAAGCUCUCGACUACAAGACGGAAUACAUCACCCCCGACGGCGGCCGAUACAUUGGCCUCAACCCUCCCGCCGGCUCCAAGAUGAAAGGCAUUCUGUACCCUCGCACAAACACACUGGGCGGCUGCACUGCUCACAAUGCUCUCAUUGCCGUCUACCCUCACCAGUCGGACUUUGAUCGCAUUGCUGCGCUGACCGGCGACGACUCUUGGUCCCACGACAACAUGCGCAAGUACUUUGCCCGCCUGGAGCGCAACCACUAUCUCUUACCCGGUGCCAAGGGCCACGGAUACGACGGCUGGUUUGAUACCGAGUAUGCGCCCAUCACCAUCCCCAUCAAGGAUCCCCAGCUGCUCAGCCUCUUCAUCGGCGGUGCUCUCGCCUCGGGAAACAUUGUCCAUGGCGUGACGGAUCUUCUGAACCUGCUCCUCGGUGAUGCCAACGCUGAUUCCAAGGCCCGCGACACAUCCAACGGCUACUACCAGGUGCCCAUCUCGACCAAGGACCAUGCUCGCGUCGGCUCUCGCGAAUUUGUUGUUGCUGUCCGCGACGCCAAGAACCGCGACGGCUCCAAGAAGUACCCCCUUGACGUGCGUCUGAACUGCCAUGUUACUAAGGUUACCUUUGACAAGUCUGGAGACAAGCCCCGCGCAACCGGCGUCGAGUUCCUCGAUGGCCAGUACCUCUAUCGCGCCAGCCCCCAUUCUCACAACGCCAAAGCUGGUGUUGCUGGCUCGGCUGAGGCAUCCCGCGAGGUCAUCCUCGCCGGUGGUGCCUACAACUCGCCCCAAAUCCUCAAGCUCAGCGGUGUUGGCCCCCGCGCUGAACUCGAAAAGUUCAAUAUCCCCGUCGUUGCCGACCUCCCCGGUGUAGGCACCAACCUGCAGGACCACUACGAGAUUGCUGUGCAGGGCACUGCCCCUACCGACUUCAUCGCCCUCGAUGGCUGCACCUUUGGCUUCAAUGGCCAAGCCGACCCGUGCCUGGAGAAGUGGAAGCACCCCUUCCUCGGUGAUAAGGGCACCUAUACUUCUGGCGGUCUCGGUGUUACCAUCUUCCACAAGAGCACUGCUACUGAGCGUGGCGAGUACGACGCCUUCAUCUUUGGCGGUCCCGUCAACUUCCGCGGCUACUUUACCGGCUACAGUGUCAACAUCACUCAAAACCACAACGUCUACACAUGGGCCAUUCUCAAGGCUCACCCCCGCAACAAUGCCGGUUCAGUCCUGCUCAAGUCCAGCGACCCUCUUGAUGCCCCCGAAAUCAACUUCCACUACUUUGACGAUGGUACCGGCGACUACGGCAAAGAUCUCCAGGCUCUGACUGAGGCUGUCGGUGUCGCCAGAAGCGCGUUCAAGAAUCAGCUCGUGCCUAUUGACGAAGUCCUUCCUGGAGAAGACAUCCAAAGCACCGAGGACAUCCAGAACUACGCCAAGAACACCGCCUGGGGCCACCAUGCCUCCUGCACAUGUCCCAUUGGCACCGACGACGACCCCAUGGCCGUUUUGGACUCGAGCUUCCGCGUCCGUGGCGUUUCGGGUCUCCGUGUCGUCGACGCUUCCGUCUACCCCCGUAUUCCUGGUACCUUUACCGCCGUGUCCACGUACAUGGUUGCUGAGAAGGCGGCGGAUGUUAUCCUCCAGGGGCUCAAGCAGUAG